AUGGAUCUUUGUACAGCUUGUCAGCUGCCUGUUGACGACGCUGCACAUCACUGCCCCUGUACCAGCAGCCGCAAGUGCCCGUUCUGUUCCGCCGUCUUUUCCCGACCAGACGGCGCCAGACGACACGCAAAAACCUGUCCGCAGAGGGGAAGUCGCACUUUGCGCGAGGGAAAACGUGGCCGCAAGACACGGUCCUGCGAUCAGUGCUCGCGUCUCAAGGUACAUUGCAAUGCCCAAAACCCUUGUGAGCGCUGCAUCUCGCGAAACCUCGCCUGUACUUACAGUCGAUGCUGCCCCACUACCACCAACAGACAGCCUGCUGCUCCGCAUGACGAGUCACAUGUUACUCAGGCGUCCAGCAGCCGUACUUCUGUCCCCAAGUCAUUCUUACUCAAUUUUACCGAUGAGAGGCAGGACUUCAUCACUGAGUGCGCUGUCGGCGAAGAGCCAGAUGGCGCCCUCCUUGGCCCGACCAGCGUAACGGCUACACCUUCACCAACACCGAGUGAAACAUGCUUAGAUUACAUCAACCCUAUCCUUCUUCUGCCAUUCGAUGAGAACCAAACUCACCUCGAGCCUCUGGAAUUUGAGAGACUUUACGGCACGGAAGAGCAAGAUCUUCUGGGCGCCUUUGUCGACCAAAAUCGCCGGCUCAAAGGGGAUCUACUUGCCGCGAGACUUCAUCAGUUGGAAUGGGAGAUCACCGAGCAUAUAACCUCUAGCCCUUCCUACCAAGGUCCUCUUCUCAACCCAGUCUCUUUUCGGCAAUUUUUUAGCGUUUCGAAUGUGCAAAGUUUCGCCAUGAUCCUUUGUCGGAAGCGACAUUAUCAAUACCCAUUAAUACACUGGCCGACAUUCUGCCUGGGGGAGGCCUCACUCCCCCUUCUCAUGGUCGUUGCACUCACGGGUGCAACUUAUUCAUAUCGUCCCGGACAGGGUUUGGGAAAUGUAACCGAAGCCCGGAAACUCUAUCAUCUCGCAGACGCAUUCGUCUUUCAGAGACUAAAGACUUUUCUCAGAGAAAUGUCUCCUUCCUCUGAGGUACAUCAGGUCGAGGGAGUCCAGCUUUGCCAGGCUGCCCUGCUAAUGUAUGGGCUGGAAACUUUGUCCAUGACCGACUCUGCCAUGUAUCGCGUCGCUGUGACAGAGCGCUUGCCUGCGGUAGUAGCGGCCUUGAGGCGGUUACAGCUCGUGGGAACCCGCCAUUCCCCGCCUGGAGAUGAUGACUGGCAGACUUUUGUACAUCGCGAGCAGGUAAUCCGACUUGUCACUUGGACCUUUGCCGUCGACGGUCUCGCUACUCUGUGCUGCAACAACCCACCGAUAUUUUCCAUGCUGGAAAUAUCCGGGUCCCUGCCUUGUAAUCCUGCCCUGUGGGAUGCAGACUCGGAGAAAGCGUUCAUUAUGCUUAGACAGGAGUACAAGACGAGCUCACUUUCGUUGAAAAUCAUUAUGCCGCGGUUGCUGGACAGUGCCUCGAUAGGCCUCGAUGAUGAUCUGGAAAAUUUAUCACCUUUUGAUCUACACAUUGUUAUAUGCGCGUUGCAACCAAUCAUCUUCAACUCUCACGUCGCCAUGUUAUUACCACAGCAAUCGGGGACUCUGUUACAAGCUCUGAGCAAAUGGAAACAUCUUUGGGAACGAGCUUUGGACAUAACCAGUCCACAAUACAAACAAUAUCUAGGUAUGGCCAAGAACAUACCUGCAAUCGAACAUCUCUCGAGACGAAUCGUCCAAGUUGCCUCCAGCCCCGAGGCGGGAUCGUCUCGAUACCUGGAACGGGUGCCAUCGUAUGGUGCCAAGGAGCUGCACAGUUUUAUGAAGGAUUUCAUGUCGGAUGCCUAA